AUGUCGUGGCGCAACCAGGGCAUCACGGGUUCUAACAACAUACCUCUAGGUACUCGCCGUCGUUUCGGCGGUGGUGAUGAUGAUGGCGGUUACAACCCGUCUGCGCCCGCCGAGGGUUUGUCGGAGUUGAAGCGCGGCCGCAGCCCUGAGCGCAACACUUCCGACGGUCCGCGACAACGCAAGAAGCGCAAUCGAUGGGGUGAUGCGAGCGAGAACAAGGCGGCUGGCUUGAUGGGCCUGCCUACUGCUAUUUACGCGGCCAUGACUACGGAGCAGCUUGACGCGUAUACCCUGCAUCUGCGUAUCGAGGAGAUCACCCAGAAGUUGAAGAUCAACGAUGUCGUCCCAGCGGACGGCGAUAGGUCUCCCUCGCCCCCACCCCAGUAUGACAACUUUGGUCGCCGUGUCAACACUCGCGAGUUCCGCUACCGCAAGCGCCUCGAAGACGAGCGCCACAAGCUCGUUGAGAAGGCGAUGAAGACGCUUCCUAACUACCACCCACCUGCCGAUUACAGGCGGCCCACUAAGACACAGGAGAAAGUCUACGUUCCGGUCAAUGAUUACCCGGAGAUUAACUUCAUUGGUCUACUCAUUGGCCCCCGUGGAAAUACCCUCAAGAAGAUGGAGACGGAAUCCCAAGCAAAGAUUGCGAUUCGUGGCAAAGGCUCUGUCAAGGAGGGUAAAGGACGCUCUGACGCAGCUCAUACCAGCAAUCAGGAAGAAGACCUUCAUUGCUUGAUCAUGGCCGAUACCGAGGAGAAGGUCAACAAGGCCAAGAAGCUUAUCCAUAACGUCAUUGAGACUGCUGCUUCUAUCCCUGAAGGCCAGAACGAACUCAAGCGCAACCAGCUUCGUGAGCUUGCCGCCCUCAACGGUACCCUUCGUGACGACGAGAACCAGGCCUGCCAGAACUGUGGUGAGAUUGGUCAUCGCAAGUACGAUUGUCCACAGAAGCAAAACUUCACGGCCAGCAUCAUCUGCCGUGUCUGUGGUCAAGCUGGUCACAUGGCUCGCGAUUGUCCCGACCGCAAAGUCGGUCAGCCCUGGCGCAACGACAACCGUUUCGGCGACCGUGGUCAGCCAGCUCGUAUUGGCGGUGCCCCAGAGAACGAGCUCGACGCAUUUAUGGCCGAGAUGGGAGGCGCUGGUGGCCAGCCUCGGGCGGCGAUCGAAUACAACGGCAACGGCGCUGCUGGCGGAGACAACUACGGUGGAGGCGAGCGCACCCUCAAGCCAUGGGAGCGUGGUCCCACUGGAGGCUCUGCACCUUGGGCGCGUGACGGCGACGACCGUGGUCGAGGCGACAGUAGCUCGGCCGCUCCUCCUCCUUGGGCUGGUGGCGGCGGCCGUGGUGGUCAAUCCUACGAUCAAGGCUACGGUGCUGGUAAUGGUGCGGCUCCCUGGGCUUCUGCUGCCCCCACUGCUCCUGCAGCAGGAGCUGGUUAUGGAUAUGGUGGUUAUGGCUACGACCAGAACGCUGGUAUGGGUGCUCCUGGUGCCUAUGGUGCUCCUGGUUACGGUGCUCCCCCACCUCCUGCUGGUCCUCCUCCUGGCCUUGGUCCUCUCUUCCAGACCUACGGAUCUGCCGGCAGCCCGCCACCACCUCCACCACCACCGUCUGGCUCCGUGCCGCCACCGCCUCCUCCAGGCGAGGCCCCUCCACCUCCGCCGCCUAGCGAUGUAGAGGACGUCUACCUCCUCCGCAGAGGCACGCGCUUCGACGGCACGCUGCACCUCAUGCCCCACCAUCUCGUCUUCAGCUACCUCCCCAGCCUGCCCGCCGACGCUCCCGCCAACGCGAAACCACCGCGGCAGAAAGAAGUAUGGAUUACCUAUCCCAUGAUCAACUACUGCUCCCUCAAAUCGUGUCCGCCCGUCUUGCGCCAGGAGCCCUCGAUCCGCAUACGAUGUCGCGACUUUACCUUCUUCGCCUUCUUCUUCCCCAACGACAAGAAGGCGCGAGACGUGUACGAUAGCAUACGGGCGCUCUCGUGCAAGAUAGGCAGACUAGACAAGCUACUGGCCUUCAGCUACCAGCCAAAACCACCAGAAGACCAACAGAAUGGCUGGGACAUCUACGACGCGCGCCGCGAAUGGAAGCGACUGGGCAUCAGCCCAAAGGACUCGGAAAAGGGCUGGCGGAUAUCAGAAGUCAACUUGGAGUACAAGUAUGCGCCGACGUAUCCCGCCCUUCUUGUCGUUCCCACCAACGUCUCGGACAGCGUUCUCAGGUAUGCAGGUGAAUAUCGAUCGCGACAGCGGAUACCAGCCCUCGUUUACCGCCAUCCCGUCAACAACUGCUCCAUAACGCGAAGCUCGCAGCCCACACCAGGUCUGCGUGGGAAUCGAAACCCUCAAGAUGAGCGGCUCGUCGCAGCCAUCUGGGCGACCAACCGCGGGUGGAAACCUGCAAAUAUCUCCACCUCCAAUUCUGCAGAGCUCACUCCUGAUACAAGCGUUGUGAACCUGAACGAUUCGAGCGCUAAUAGCUCUUUUGUCGGUGCAGCGGAAGGGAGUAUCGAUGCUGGAAGGACCACUGCAGACGACCUGACAACGUCUUCGGAAACAGACGCCGACGUGCCAAAAGUCUACGGGGCCCAGCAGCGGAACCUCAUUGUUGAUGCUAGGCCUACAGUAAAUGCUUACGCAAUGCAAGCUGUUGGGCUUGGUUCAGAGAAGAUGGACUAUUAUCCAGGAGCGGAGAAAGCAUACCUCGGAAUUGACAAUAUUCACGUCAUGCGGAAGUCGCUUGAUACUGUCAUUGAGGCCCUGAAAGAGUCGGAUCUAGUGCCUUUCCCCCCAAACAGGCAGCUUCUGGCCAAGAGUAAUUGGAUCAAGCACAUUGCUAACAUACUGGAUGGAACUGCGCUGAUAGCCCGCACGGUUGGCAUCAUGCACUCGCAUGUCCUCAUUCACUGUUCCGAUGGCUGGGAUCGCACGAGCCAGUUGAGUGCACUCAGUCAAAUCUUACUAGACCCCUAUUACCGGACGCUGGAAGGUUUCAUCGUCCUCGUUGAGAAGGAUUGGCUUUCCUUUGGACACAUGUUUCGACAUCGAUCAGGGUUUCUGAGCCAUGAGAAGUGGUUCACCAUAGAGAACGAAAAGAUUGAGCGCAAGCACGACGGCACUGGAGGCAGCAAUGCCUUUGAGAAUGCUCUUCGUGGUGCGCGAGGGCUCUUCAACCGCCACAACGAAUCGAACGAAUCUCUCAAUCAGCUCCCGGAAACGAACAUGCCAGAAAAUGUCACAGAUAUUGCUGAUACUCCCUCGUCGAAGCCUGUUCAGAUUGGAGCUGCGGAAGAGCAUCGUGUCACCAAGGUGAACGAGCUGUCACCUGUGUUCCAUCAAUUUCUCGAUUGUGUAUACCAACUGUAUUAUCAGCAUCCAACCCGAUUCGAGUUCAGCGAGCGCUUCCUGAGGCGCUUGCUCUACCAUCUCUAUUCCUGUCAGUACGGAACGUUCCUGUUCGACAAUGAAAAGGAGCGCGUAGACACCAGGGCUAAGGAGCGAACAAGGAGCGUAUGGGACUAUUUCCUCUGCCGCAAGCAAGAAUUUAUGAACCCAAAGUACGAACCAGAGAUUGAUGACGCUAUCCGAGGCAAGGAGCGCAUGAUCUUCCCUCGAAAAGGUGAGGCUAGGUGGUGGGCUGAAUGUUUUGGUCGUACUGACGAGGAGAUGAACGUCUUUGGCCCUCAAGCGCCACCAAAUCUCACACCCCAGACCAGUAACCAGAGUACUGGAAGGAGUGGAACGAGCACUCCAAUCGUCCAGGAGCCUAUUGUCACAGGUACAGAGUCCGCGGACGGAGCGACUGGAGCAGGUACAACUGUCCAGCUUCCUCCUACACACACUUUUGGCGAUCGCUCCCCUAGAGUCUCCAACACACCAAAACCUCUUGAUGCUGCAGCUGCACUAGGGCAGGAUCUAAGGCAAGGAGUAAUGGCGGGUUUCGAGAAGCUGGGCAUCACUAGCAACACGAACAGGGCAGUAAGUCCAGCUGCAGCAACUAGUAGGCCGAGCGAAGACGUAGCACAAGAAGUCAUUGAGCCAAGCUCGGAUCUGAGCGCCGGUACAGAAACGGGGAAAAAUGCCGAAGAUGUCACUCAUGAGACCGCUGAAGAGGAUGUGAAAAGGUCGUUGGAGGGCAGCAACAGGCUGAGUUCCGAGGCGAGUACGGAACAAUCCUUGGAGCCUGCGUCGACUCAGAUCGCCGAUUUGGGACUGGGGGCGGACAUAGUGGAGAAGAAAGCAGAGAACAGGAGUAGAAGUCGGAAACCCACCCAGGCGGCGGAGGCAAAAAAGGAGGUUGAAAUGGAGAUGCAAUAA